AUGGAGAUUGCGGAACACAUCUUCCACUUCAACGACAAAGGGGCGUUGGACAACCAAUCCUCUGCGACAUCGGAAGCGAUCUAUGAACAUUUCUGGGAUUCUCUUCUUGAUAAUGAAUUGGCGCAAGAGUUCCUGCCUGCGGAAGUCUUUAACGUUCGCAACCCCUACCAUUUAGUCUCGUUUCAUCCAACUUAUGGUGCUGCGAUUUUGUACAAGACCCUUGACUCUCUUGAAGUUUUCGUCCGAACUGUUGGAUUGGAUAAAUGGGAAGCUAAGAUCCAUGCUUCUUCAGAUGGCCGCGAAUGCUAUGCUGUUCCAACCCUCGAGGCACCGAGGUUGAUGGACCAAGGACCAUUCCCAACUCAUCUCCUCAACAAGCUUGAAGAGGCUUUAGUGCAAGCUUUGCGGGAGUCAGAAAAGAACACGGGUGCUAACCGAAGAAACACACCUGGCAAUGAAGGAAACCAAAAGACUCCUUCGUUUCUGAAUGAAAAGCUUGAUCAAUCGAUCAAGAAUGUGGUAUCGGAUGCCGAUAAGCAGGUCAUUGAAUCCUUUUCUGGAAACGGGUCGACAUAUGGAGGUACUACAGAUGUCGGGUUGCAUUCCGGUGGAAAGCAGCGAAACACAGCAGCCCCUUUGGUGUUUUCUGUCGUCUCGACUAUGCUUCAUUUGGCUGGCCGUCCAGGAAACUAG